AUGGAGCCAAAGCAACAAGCAAAAAAAUUGGAAAGGUACAAAAACAAGAUAGGACUUGCACAGGCCAUUUCAAAUGUUUCCAACAAGAUCUGGGCUCUUAUAGAUGAGGUAUUUGAGGUAACUGUUAUGUACAAUAUGGUGCAACAAUUAACACUAAGAUUGUUUCAUACUGAAUCGCAUGUGGAGUUUGUCCUAACAUUGAUAUACACAAAAUGUGAUGCAAUUGAGAGGAUAGAAUUAUGGGAUUCAUUAUAUGCAAUGGCAAGGGAUAUGGAAGCACCAUGGCUUGUAGGAGGUGAUUUCAAUGUAAUAUGGGACGAAGAAGAGAAGUUUGGUGGGUUACCUGUGUCAUUGAAUGAAAUUGAUGAUUUUCGACACUGCAUCAACACUUGCAAUCUAUUCGACCUCGGAUUUAAAGGAAUAGAGGUGCAGCAUUUGUCAAAGACUGGUUCUGAUCAUAGUCCAAUGUAUCUGAAGUGUGAUAUUGAGACUCCACCUAUAAAAAAACCUUUCAAGUUCUUAAAUUUUUGGGUGGAACAUGUUACUUUUAAAGAUGUGGUGAAAGAGAAUUGGUCUGCUAAUUUCAGUGCAAAUCCUUAUAUUCUUUUUAAUCACAAGUUAAAAAAAUUAAAGAAAGCCCUUUCAUUGUGGAGUACAUCUACAUUUGGAGAUAUUUUACAAAAGAUAGCAAGUAUGGAGGAGGUAGUGAUGGUUCAUGAAGCAGAAUUUGAAGCAAAUCCUACAGGGAUGAACAAGGAAAGACUACAAAAGGUCCAGGCAGAAUUGAUUAAAUGUCUUGCACUAGAGGAGAAAUAUUGGCAACAAAAGGCAGGCAUGACUUGGUUCAAGGAAGGGGAUAGGAACACAAAUGGAGGAACCUGGAUUGAAGAAGAACAAGAAAUUGCACAAGAGGCUAUCAAAUUCUACGAGGAACAGUUCACAGAAGCAUCUACUCCUUCAUCAUUUGAUAUCGUAGAGCAUAUUCCUAAUCUGAUUAACAUAGAGCAGAAUGCAGAAUUGAUUAAGCAACCAACAAAAGAGGAGGUUAAAGUGGCAGUACUCGGACUUAAUGGUGAUAGUGCUGGGGGGCCAGAUGGUAUGACAGGCAAAUUCUAUCAUUCUUGUUGGGACAUAAUAGGGGAUGACAUGUAUGACAUGGUGAGGGCUCUUUUCAAUGGUCAUGAGCUACCCAAGUGUGUAACACACACAAACCUAGUUCUGUUACCAAAGAAAAAAGAAGUUACCACCUUUUCUGAUUUAAGACCAAUAAGCCUCAGUAACUUUUCUAAUAAGGUUAUAUCGAGGGUGGUACAUGAAAGGCUAGUGAAAUUUCUCCCAAGUCUGAUAUCGGAGGAACAGUCAGGUUUUGCUAAGGGCAGGAAUAUAGUAGAAAAUAUCCUUCUAACUCAAGAGAUAGUGACUGACAUUAGGCUUAGAACUAACGUUGGACCUAAUGUCAUCCUGAAGCUAGAUAUGACCAAAGCUUAUGAUAGAUUAUCUUGGCUAUUCCUAACCAAGGUACUAAGAAAAAUGGGAUUCACAGAAAGGUUGAUAGGGAUUGUCUUUGAAUUAGUUUCAAACAAUUGGGUGAUAUAUCAAGUUUCAUCAAAUCUCCAGGCAUUGGUGAAAGUGAGAAAGCCUGGGAUGGACAUGGUACCUUACAAAUGGCAAGAUCUUUUAGCUAUGAUGGAAAAUUUCACUCCUAAACUUAAGGUGCAAAAGGGUUUAAAGAAAAAUGGGAUGGAUCGACACUUCCAUGUAGUUAUGGAGAGCAUGCGAUUCUCCUCAAAAUGGGAGCAUGGAAAACAUGAUGGGAAUUUCAAGUUCUGGACAGAAAUAGAUGCCAAUUCGUUUGGAGUUUGCACCAGCAUGCUAGGGAAUUUCGAAUAUUGGCAGGUUUAUAAUUGUUUAAUGCUGGAAGAUGAAGGGAACUCGAGAACUAGUAAAACGAGUGGAACAAACUUCAGAAUGCGCUUUGGAAACAUAAGACAAACCAAAUGCUCGACAAAAGAUGAAAGCUCAUGUUCUGAAGAAUAUUACAAACACAUGGGCUCAACAACAAGUAUGGUGGAAAAUCGUGUUCGAGGAAAAGCAAAGCAAAUAUGCGCAACUUUUUAG